AUGUCUGGCAGCCCUAUUCCCCAGCUAGUAAACAUCUCGCAUGCUUUACAGUCUUCACUUAUUCAACAGAUACGCACAGAGAUAAAAGAAUUCACUGAUGCACCUCAACUUUCUUCUGAGCAGUCAGAGAAGAUAGAUAGAUACAUUAGUUCCCUGGAAAGCGCAUUUGCUGAAUUCACGAAAGAUAACGAGCAUAUUGAACGUAGAGAUCAGAAUGUCACAAGUGCGGAUGUUCAGCUCUACACAGGUUUGAAGACCAUGUACGCAGAUUACCUAUCCCAACUCAUAAAACUCAGAAAGAUUAAAAUGGACACUGCAAAAGAACUUGAUGGUAUCCACGCAAUAGAGUAUAUUCGGGAUGAACUACCUUAUAAACAACCUAAUGAAAGAAAGCAGUAUAUGCAAAAUCUUAUGUCGGUGGAAAGCUAUAAAAUACCGAGAUCAGAUCGAUUACUUCAAGGAAUUAUUGAUUUAUCCGUUCUGGAUUCAACUGUUCUCGAUAAUUUAAGAACGUACAUCGCGUUUUUGAAGUUUGUAGGAUACAGUCAAUCAGAAAUCACUGCAAAGCUACCCUACUUCAAUACUGAGCAAGUCGACCAAGAUUCCAAGGCAAUCGUCUCCCCUCCAAAACCGGAAUACGAAGUGCAAAUGAAACAGCAGGAACAAAAGGGCAUUUUAAACACAGAUGAAGAAUCUAAACGGGCCAAAGAAUCACUAGAGGAACCGAAGAAAAAAAUAUCAUUCUCCAAAUAUUUGAAGAAAGGUGACACGAAUGAACAGAAUAAACGUCCUAUUGAUACCAAUGAAGAUAACUCCAUACCAAAGCGUUCGAAAUUGUCAACUGGAUCUAAAUCGCUUUUGACCCCCAUACUCAAAGUCGAUAAUAGUAUAAAAAAGAAAAAACUAAACUCAAUCAGAUUUGUUGAGGAUGACAGUCUAGUAACCAUAUAUGGUGAUGAGUUGCCACCUGAAGGAUUAGUUGUUUCACCACAAAAACUGAAGAAAAUACUGAAGCCGUUCAAAGAUGGGGAACCAAGAGAAACACGUCUUCCUAGCUGGGCUAACCAAAAAGCACGAGAAUUAAGUAUUCCAGAGUGUCCGGAUGACUCCGAUAUUGUGGAAACGAAAGGUGGGCCGAUAUCCUGUGAAUCAAGGGUUCCCUUGAUGUAUAGACUUAAUUUCACAGGUUUUUGUAAAGACUUGAACAAGCCUCCAAAGGAUCCAGUUGUGUUAGACGAAACAACAAAUGACAAAGGGCUGAAUCAAAAGAAGCCUGUCAUAGCACGCGCGUUUGGCAAAAAUGCAUUAUUAUUAAAGAAGGACAGAGGUGGUCUUCCUUAUAAAAGAGUUCCAGAGAUUACCAGAAACGACUACCCUCCCCAGCCAUCUAUUUAA